GCCACCAUGCCCAAGCUGUUCCUGCACCUGGAAAAGAGUCCUUUCCUGGAAACUCAUGCCUGACAAUUACCCCCCAAGUGACCAGCCACCUCCACCCUCCUACAUUUAUGGGUCACAACAUCUGCUGCGCUUGUUUGUCGAACUUCCAGAAAUCCUUGGAAAGAUGUCUUUUUCUGAGAAGAAUCUAAAGGCUUUACUGAAGCACUUUGAUCUCUUUCUGAGGUUUUUAGCAGAAUACCAUGACGACUUCUUCCCAGAGUCUGCUUAUGUUGCUGCCUGUGAGGCACACUACAGCACCAAGAAUCCCAGGGCAAUUUGUUAAAGUUCUUGGCUUCUGUAAUAACAGUUUCUCUAUCUAGCUCUGUGCUCUAGAUUUCAGUGUAAGAACUAACAAACAGUGGGGUCAUGAAAGUUCAAAUAAGAGUUAGAAGUUGCAGUUAUUUGUUAGCAGUAAACACAUUUUUUUAGUUAUUCGUUCACAUACAUUUUUUUUUUCAAACUCCCUUUUUCUUCUGAGGCUGAAUAACUCUCAGACAAAUUUUAGUUUUACUUGGAAAUUGCAAAUUGGUCACAAAGUAUUUUAGAGGGUAUUGGUAUUGAUGGCAAAAAAGAAAAUUAUAGCUACACAUUUGCUUGUUAAGAUUCCCUUUCUGUAAAACCUUAUUUUUGUUCAUCUCAAUAAAGCGCUGUCUGACUUUCUGAGAUUUGCAGGUAUACAUUUGCUUGUUAUUGUUUUCCUAAUGUAAAACAUCAUUUUUGGUUAUCUAAAUAAAGUGUCUCCUGUCUUGUUCUAGAGAACCAGGAGAGAGAGUUAUCACUAUGCUGUUGUCCUCUCUUCUCUUUCUUUAUCACAGGGGAACACUGGGGGAACCUCUUGACUCGUUUUGUUUUGAUUUACUUUUGUGCCUUUUUUCUUGAGGUCUUUUGUUUUCCUUUUUUUCUUUGAUUUGUUCUCAUUUGGUGGCAUUCAUAGGCGUUAGAGACACUGCUGUGCUGGACUACUUUGUCUUCUUGUGGCUGCACUGUGGACUGGUCUGGGGCCAACAACAGUUUAUCUUCCUUCAUCAUUACCAGCUGUCUCAGAAGUUACCCUUCUAAUCAUCAUCUUCAGCUCCUAUCUUUCUCACAUGCACACACACAUGCACAUGUGGGAUGUUUUUGAAAGUUCCAAACCAGUAGAAAGGACAUGAAUAACAUACUAGUAGGAAAUAUAGCACCUGUCUUUUUUUAAAGCUGACUACAGUUGAUUUUAACUAACCAAGACACUGGGUCAGGAACAGUGAGGGCCGUGGGGAUUUUUUUAUUUAAUCUCUAUAUGGUUCCAUAAAAGUGACUUCUGCAUAACUGCAGUGAGAAUCAGGACCUCUAAAUCUCCUGGGUAGACUUCAUCUUAUGUGUACUCAGUUGCUUUUUAAGAUUCAAGGUUUUGGUGUCCACUGUAAAAAGUACCAUUCUGGUUGAUACUAGGUUUCAUCUCUAUUUGGUUUAUGGAAUGCUUGCUUAAAUUUGGUGAGCCACAGUGUGCUCUGAUUAUUGAAAAAGUUUAUCCAGAAGGAAAAGGAAAGAGUAGAAAAAGUCCCCCCUUGUAAGAAUCUACGCAUCAGAUUUCUCCAAUGAAAUGAGUACAGAAUGUUUGAACAUUUAUAUUGUUGUAUGCCUUGGGGUUAAAAUUAAUUCCUUUCUAAUAAAAAUUAUUUUCUUCCUCCAAAA